GUUUAGUGGAAUGAAAAUAACAUAUGAGGAAGUGGGCCCCAGCGAUUAUAGGAACAUUUUGGGUCUGGCAUAAUGUCCCAUUGUAUCAAAGCAGGCAAAACUGGAUAGUUAAUCCUUAAACAUGUCAAGUUGCAACAGGGAGAGUGAACUGUAAGAAAAAAAAUCCUCUGUAACCUUGCAAGAAGUCUGUUUUUAUCGUUAAAAGUAAAACUAGGCCAAAGGACAUAUUCUGUACUAUUUGAACCAUUGUUUUUAGAAACAUUGGUUUUGUAGUCGCAGUGAAUCACUGCAUUACCAUAAUAUUGUACAGUGGUUGUGCAUGACAUUGAAAGGCCAAUGAUUUAUUUAACCCCGGACCAGGAAACUUCCACUGUACUGUACAUCUGAAAUCCUUGUCUUCAGUUGAAUAUUCCCUUGUGGCUGUUGUCCUGGAAACAAGUGCAUACAUGCACUGGUUACACGGCCCACUUUUGUCACAGUGACAACUUGCCUUUAAGACAAUUUAAGACAUGUGUCCUGACAACAGUCUCACAACAGUGAGUCUGGUUGGUACAGUUUUCAGUGAUCAGUCACUUUGUAUGAGUGUGAUGGAUUAGUCUUACACUUUGGCACCGGUGCCGUAAGAGUCACCUGAGAAAACACAGCUAACCUGGAUUCAAAACGAGCAACUGACAACUUGACGAGACAACGAUUUGAGUAUCAGAGCCUCAGAUAUAGUCAGCAAACUCACGUUAGUUCAUUAUGUACAGUGGGUACUAGUAAAAGACAGCAUAUGGGAAUGCUGAAAUUAAAACAUAACAUUGAAUUUGCAGCACCGUGGUGCAGCAAAUGCUACGUUUCCACACAUUAUGGCACUAUAGCAACAAAUCGGGUAUUCUGUGUAUGCGUGUAUCUAAGUUCUAAGCUCUUUAGUCCCUCUGUAGUCCGUACCCUUCAGUACCCAGCCGCCUGUACCACCCAGGAAUCAGACUGCCAAAUGUUUAUACUUGAGAAGCAGCUUUUCCAUGAGCUAAUCUUAUAAAUCAACCAUAAUGUUAAAGUGGUUUUCAAGAUCCACUGUGACGCAGCGUGCCACAGCUAAACAAAAGGAACAAGGAAGCCUAUAUACAUAUAUAUAUUUAUAUACGUAUAUAUAAAAACAAUGGCUUUUCUUUAUGCAGAAGAGGCUGUGAGCUUUGAGCGAGGGCACCUGGGGAAACAACGCGGCACGGAUACACGCCGGCGAGACGCCGAGUUUGUGCUAAAUCUAACAAUUAGCUGUCAGACUAAUAUCUGAAAGUGCAACAUCAGCUCUGUCAUGAAUUCUAAGUGUGACACGCCAUUAGUUUAAUGCUUCAUUUCCAGUACCUCUGAUCUGGCAACCCAGCAACAAACCCCAUUUAAUAACACACUGUUCGAGACGUUUUCAAUUGGCCUUCAUUAUGUCUGUCCAAACACUGUGAAACGUUAUCCUUGAGACACACACGCACUAACUAAUGCACAGACAUGUUGCUAUUACAGCGAACCCCGCACUGUGUUCUAACAACAACAUUAUCUUCUCCAGGCAAGAACACUUUUGAAAGGGCCAGGGGACUAAUGUACAUCCUCGGAGGCCACUCUGACUUCUCCAUCCUCUCCUCUGCUCCGCUGAACAGACUUGAGGAUAUUGAUUGAGAUCUGCUGUGGUCCAACGAGAUCGAAUGGCAACAAAGUCAGGUCAAUUAUCGCCAAACAGGAUGUUUAUGCCAAGAGCCCUGAAAGUGAAGAGACCUGUCCAAGGAUCAGGGCACAUUGUAAACAAGAAAAGCAAGAUUGAACAGAGUGAGAGAAAGGAUGCAAGUAUAUCAGAGACACAAGUUCAUAAGGACAAGGCAUAUGAAGAUUCAACAAUACAAGAUGAGACAAUACAAUCAGGAGGAGACUCUGCAACUUUGACAGAGAGCUCAGUAGUUGAAGAUGCACUGGAGUCUUCGUCCAGUAACUCAGGGGAGGAGGAGGAGGAGGAGGAAGAGGAAGAGGAAGAUGAACCGGUCAAGUCAUUUAAAAAGAGCCAGAGAUGGCCGGAGCCAGGGGAACCUGUCUGUGUGAUGUGUGGUCGUUAUGGCGAGUACAUUUGUGACCGCACUGACAAUGAUGUUUGCAGUCUUGAAUGCAAAGCUAGCCAUUUACAGCAAAUGGGAAUGGGGACUGGGCCUGAUGUGUUUAACCGCAAGGACGUAAAAGGAGAUGGAAGGACUCCUCAAACUCAACAGGCAUCAGUUGACAGAGGUGGGGUGUCUGCAAGCGAAGCAGAGUAUUCCUACAAGGAAGAUGCAUUCAUAUCAGAUUUAACAGAUGAACAGGUGCAGCGUGUUAAGCAGGAGCUAGGCAUUGAAACCCAGGGGACUGAUGUAAGGAGACCCAUCAUUGAGUUUGAACACUGUGGUUUCCCUGCCACUCUGAGGAGUAACCUGAAGAAGGCUGGCUAUGAAGCACCCACGCCGGUCCAGAUGCAGAUGGUGCCUGUUGGUCUCAGUGGCAGGGAUGUGAUUGCAAGCGCUGACACAGGCUCAGGGAAAACUGUUGCCUUUUUGCUGCCGGUGGUAGUGAGAGCACUGGAGAAACCAGCCCACAGUGCGCACAGCCCUGUAGCUCUGAUCCUGACUCCCACUAGAGAGCUAGCCAUUCAGAUAGAGAGACAGGCCAAGGAACUAGUCAUGUGUCUUCCCAACAUGAGAACUGCUCUACUGGUAGGCGGCAUGCCGCUUCCCCCACAGCUCCACCGCCUCAAAUCCAGCAUCAAAAUCAUCAUAGCCACACCUGGGCGACUCCUUGAGAUCUUGAGGCAGAAAGCAGUGACGCUAAACAAAGUGAAGGUUGUGGUGGUUGAUGAGGUGGACACUAUGUUGAAGAUGGGCUUCCAGCAGCAGGUGCUGGAGGUACUGGAACAAGUCCCUGAAGAACACCAGACUCUGCUGGCAUCGGCCACCAUCCCAACAGGAACAGAAGAGUUGGCUGCUCGACUUGUCCACGACCCUGUCCGUAUUGCUAUUGGAGAGAAGAACCAGCCGUGUGCCGAUGUGAGGCAGAUCCUGUUGUGGGUUGAAGAACCCUCAAAGAAGAAGAAGUUGUUUGAGAUUCUUAAUGACAGUAAGCUCUACCACCCCCCAGUGGUGGUGUUUGUGGACUGUAAACUGGGGGCUGAUCUGCUGUGUGAGGCAGUCUCUCAGGUGACUGGUCUCAAUACAGUGGCAAUACACUCUGACAAGAGCCAACUGGAACGCAACCGCAUCCUCAGAGGUCUGCUGGAUGGGGAGUUUGAGGUUGUGAUCAGUACAGGAGUGUUGGGCAGGGGACUAGACCUGGUAAAUGUAAGACUGGUGGUUAACUUUGACAUGCCCAACACAAUGGACGAGUACGUCCAUCAGGUGGGCAGAGCAGGUCGGCUGGGACACAGGGGAACAGCCAUUUCUCUUCUCAACAAUAACAACAAGCGCUUGUUCCUAGAGGUGGUGAACCGAGUCAGACCCACAGGGUCCAUUCUUCCCCCACAGCUACUAAACUCACCCCACCUCCAUGAGCAACAGAGAAGGCAAAAACAAAAGAUAAAGCUGGCUCAUGAGGACAUUCUGGUCACCAAGAACAACCUCUUAGACAUCAUAAGGAAACACCACCGUUCUAAGAAGUAGCAAUUUCCGCAAAUCUUUCCUGCAAUGGUGUCUAUUUAAUGAGGAAAUACUAAAUGUUUAUUUUGGAAAACAAUAAUUUUUUUCAAUAAAGUUUUGUUUUACAUUCUGUACAUGAAUA